AUGGCGGCACGGUGGGCUUUGCUCUUUGUCUCUGUCCUAGCUUUCCUCACAGGAUGUUCGAACGCCGCGGAUUUCACAUUGCAUAACCGAUGCAGCCAAACCAUAUGGCCCGGAAUCUUGACCGGCGCCGGAAAACCUCAGCUCCAGAUAAAUGGCAGUCUGGAGCUGGAGCCUAGCAAAUCGACCAGCCUCCAGAUAAAUGGCAGUCUGGAGCUGGAGCCUGGCAAAUCGACCAGCGUUUCUGCCCCAAUUGGGUGGUCGGGCCGCUUCUGGGCCCGCACGGGCUGCAGCUUCGAUAAUUCGGGCCAAACCGGGAACUGCAUCACCGGGGACUGUGGGGGCCGUCUCAAGUGCGAGGGCAUCGGGGGAGCUCCGCCGGUGUCCCUGGCGGAGUUCACUCUCGACAGCCCGCAGGACUUUUACGACGUGAGCCUCGUUGACGGAUUUAAUCUGCCCGUUUCCAUAAUACCGUCGGGCAGGUCGGGUAAUUGUCCGCCGAUCAACUGUAGGUCAAACUUGAACACCAAUUGCCCGCCAAAUUUGCGGGAAUACAGUAGUGGCGGGCAGGUGGUGGGCUGUAAAAGCGCGUGCUUGGCUUUAGGGGGGGAUCAGUAUUGCUGUACGGGAAAGUACAACAAUGCCCAAGUGUGUACGGCCACCGAUUAUUCGAGGUAUUUCAAGGCGGGUUGCCCCACGGCUUAUAGCUACCCUUACGAUGACCACACCAGUCUUUUUACGUGCAAGGGAGCUCAUUAUUCUAUCAUAUUUUGUUAG